AAGACUCAGAUUUGGAGGAGCAAGAACUACUCUGGAAGAGACCAAGUGGGAGGAAAAUGGAGAUGCCGACAGCUGUGAUCCCAGCUUCCAUCUAUCGGAUGGGGACCCAAGCCUCAUCCUCCUGGAACAACAUCCCAACAGUGCUCAUCCUUUUCCUACUGUUAGCCCUGCUGUUUGAUUACGUGAUGUACAGAAAGAAAAGCAGUCGGAUUCCACCGGGACCUACUCCUCUCCCUUUCCUGGGGAACAUGCUGCUAAUUGAUCUCAGAAAUCCACAUAUUUCUCUUAAGCGUCUGGCAGAAAAGUAUGGAUCAGCCUACUCAUUUCAAGUUGGAUGGCACAGAUUUGUUGUACUGAGUGGAUUCAAGAUGAUAAAAGAGACAUUGGGACAGAAAGCAGAGGACUUUGCUAGCCGGCCAUACAAUCCACUGUUCAAGCUAGCAGGCUUUACAAAAAAUUGUGAAGGAAUACUCAUGGCAACAUACAGCAGUGGAUGGAAGGAGCAAAGGAAAUUCUGUGUCUCUACUCUGAAAAACUUUGGGAUGGGGAAGAAAACACUUGAAGAGAGGGUGUCUGAAGAAGCUGGAUAUCUGUGCUCUGAGUUCAGAUCACAAGGAGGCUCUCCCUUUGACCCACAAAAUCUUGUGAACAAUGCAGUUGGAAAUAUUAUCUGCACCCUAACAUUUGGUGACCGCUUUGAAUACAAUGAUGAGACCUUCCUGAAGCUAAUGCAUUUGACUGAGGAAAUCAUGAAGACAUUCACCAGAAACCUGCCCCAGAUCUUCACUGCAGCAUCCUGGCUUUCCUAUGUUCCUGGACCUCACCUUAAAAUUAGGAAACUGUAUAAUGAUAUUAUUGCCAUUGUAAGAGAGAUUGUGAAUGAACAUAAGAAAACCUGGGACCCCACUUUUCGAAGAGAUUUCAUUGAUGCCUUUCUUGAGGAGAUGGAAAAGGCCAAAGGGAAUCCAAAGAGCAGUUUUAAUGAGAAGAACCUUAUUAAAAUUAUUUAUGACUUGGUUGCAGCUGGCACUGAAACCACUGGUUCCACCAUACUUUGGGGGUUGCUAAAAAUGGUCCUUCAUCCUGAGGUUCAAAAAAAAGUCCAUGAAGAAAUUGAUGAAGUACUUGGCAGACACAAAGCACCCGUGAUGGAGGAUCUGCCAAACAUGCCUUAUACAAAUGCUGUGAUCCAUGAAAUUCAACGUUGUGCUGAUAUUGUAGUUUUUGCAUUUCCUUAUAUAACACGCCAUGAUGUUGAAGUUGGAAAGUUUGUCAUCCCUAAGGGGACUGUAGUCUUCAAUCACUUAUCUUCUGUGCUGAAGGAUGAAACCAUGUGGGAGAAGCCACACCAGUUCUACCCUGAGCAUUUCUUGGAUGCAAAUGGGCAGUUUGUCAAGCGAGAGGCCUUCCUGCCUUUCUCCGCAGGUCGCCAUGCGUGCCCUGGAGAACCAAUGGCUAGAAUGGAGCUCUUCAUCUUCUUCACCACCCUCCUGCAGCAUUUCACUUUCUGCGUCCCCAAGAACCAUCCCAGGCCCAAGGAAGACAGGAUCUAUGCCCUCACUGUUAGUCCGAAUCCUUUUCAAAUUUGUGCUAUCCCCAGAUAAUAUCUCCAGUUUUUGUUACUCAGUCUUCUGGUCUAAGAAAUGCAAUUUACGAAGACAAAGAAAUUUGGGGAAAAUGCUUUGUAUGAGAUUUUGUCUGAAUUUCCCUGCUCUGAAAACGUGAUCAGUAAAUAAAACAGAUGUUUGGAACAAUAGUAAGAUUUUGAAAGGGGGAAAAAAAUCAUGUUUUGGGGAAGGAGGGGUGGCCAUUCUCCUUCCCUCUUGCAUUUCAGACCAUGCAUGAUUAUUUCUUAGCUGUUCCUAUAUUUCAGAUUAUUAGAACAUCUUAAUAAAGAAAUUCUUAAUACACAUUCUUAAAAUGCAACUGUACUGAAUUUAUUGAAGACAAGGUCUUUGAAUUUAGCUGCCAAUAUUUUGCAGUGACAUCUCUCUACUUCCCAGAACUUGAAAUGAUGGUCCUUGGAUUCCAUAAAGCAGGAAUGCAGUUUAGAAUCAGACUUAUUUGCUAUUACUUGCUUGUUUAGAACCUGCUGCUAGAAAAAUUUUAGCCAGAAUACUGGCACAUGAACAAAACUUAGAAAGGAAUCCCUCCAAUCAAGAAGGGUGGCCAACAACCCCACAGGAAAUUUUUUAACCGGUUUGAACUCUUACAAAUCUAUACAAAUCUAAUGUGCCAGAUGAUUGGUUUAUUAAGGAUUUUCUUGUUAAAUUAAAAAUUCCAAAAUUUACCAGAGGUGAUUGCAGCACAAUUCUAAACAGAGUUUCUCCUUUCUAAGGCCAUUGACUUCAGUGGAUUUAGAGGUGUGUAAUUGUGCACAGGAUGGCACUGUUUGAGGGCAGCUUAAACAAAUAUUACCAGAGAAGAAGUAGGAGCAGUAGUCAAGAACCCUGAAACAACAGAUCCCUGGCCCCAGAUGAACCCUAAUAAAAUUUAUCAUAGAUAAAUGCUAGAUGAUUUGGUAAAUAUUAUGUAGAAAAAAAUGCCUAUUGGUGUUUUUGGAUAUGGCAAACGCAUUUGACUGAUUAGCCUUUUUGCUGCAGGUUUUUGAUCAUUUUAACUUAGGAGUCAGAUUUAAAGAAUGAUCUCCUAAAAAAGCUAUCAUACUCAAAUUUUGCCUAAUGGGGGUAUUCUCAGAUUGUUUUAAACACAGGGACUCUUAAGAGUUGCCCCUUAUUAUUGUUCUUAUUUGCACUUUCCAUAGAAUCCUUAGCCAUUGCUAUUCAAUAAAAUUCAUAUAUUUUUGGACUAAAAUUUGGUUCAUUUGAACCAAAAAUUGUUAUAUGCUGAUGAAAUCUUUCAUAAUCUCCAGUCCUACAACCUAUUUAUUAAUAUCGUUGUGGACAAAUUCCUAAGUAUUUAUGAAGAGUAAGCCUGUCCUGCUUUGUGCUUGUAGUAAAACACCCAACUCUGUUUUAUGAAAUGGAGACUGCACAGAUACAUCAUGAUGGGGUGAGGGAAGGGAAGAGAAACCAUCAUGCAUAUGUUACUUUCUGGGAAUUCUGUCAUUGUCUCCUGUCAACUCCAGUGGGCAGGAUCCAUGAAUAGAUGUCCAUAGCAUGCCACUUCUCUGUUCCUUCCUUUGUAUCCAAUACACCAGUUCUGGAAUGGAAUGUAAAAAGCCUGUGUGUAAAGUGUCAUCAAAUCUCAGCUAUUUUGUGGCGACCUCAUAGGGUUAUCAAGUCAAGAUAUGAACAGAGGUGGUUUAUGAUUGCUGCCUGUACAUAGCAACCUUACACUUACUUGGGGGUCUAUCAUCCAAGUGCUAACUAGGGCUUAGUUUCCAACCCUGCUUAGCUUCUGAAUCCAAUGAGAUCAUGUCAGCCUGGACCAUCCAGGUCAGGAAAUAAAAAGCCUUAGGCUUUUUUUUUUAAACAUACUAGUUGAGUAGACUUUGGUGGGACUUCUGAGCUGACAUCACAUUUUUGGAUUGGUUCAAAAAGAGUACUUCCCAAUCACGAGAAACCCCUAAAUAGGGGCUCACAUGGGCCAUUUUCACGUCUUAUCUGCUGCUGGAAUAUCGCGCAAAACAUCCAGAAGACAGCAUCUUCUUGUGUGAAAUCGUGCCAGAAAGACACAAUUUCAUGCAAAACUCCCAGAUGACAGCAUCUUCCUGGUGCAAUUUCGUGCAAGAAGACGCUCUCUUCCGGGUGUUUUGCGUGAUGUUCCAGCGGCUGGGAAGAUAUGUGAAAAUGGCCAUGGUGUAUGUCUUUGUCUCAAUUUGCCUAGCCCAGAUGCUCUGUCUGGGAGACAAGUGUGAUUCAUCCCUCAGGUGGAAAGUUGUUUAUCUGAUGCAAGUGAUAGAUAGUGAGCAGCUGUUUCCUAUUUCCUGUAUUUUGUGUUCUUCCACCUGUUUGUAGAUUUGUCCCAAAUACCUGUUUUGUGUGUAAGUUUAGCAAUAAAAAAUGUAAAACCUGA